AUGGUUCUCCUCUUCCUUUCGAGCCUGAGUCUGCGUUUCCUGCGGCGUCUGCCUCAUGGAUUCGCCCGUGUCCCUGCUCGUCCCUUUUCAAACCAAACCCCCGAACAUGCUGUUAUCUCAACCUUUGACUUGUUUAGCAUAGGCGUCGGCCCAUCUUCAUCCCAUACUGUCGGUCCCAUGCGCGCUGGUAGAAUCUUUAUUACUGACCUAGAGCACCUUAAUCUCCUGCACAAGGUCAAAUCUCUCAAGAUCACCUUAUACGGGUCGCUUGCUGCUACUGGUAAAGGGUAUGAGUAG